GAGCGGAGCGCAGGGCAGCAUCCCCGGGACAGGCGGCAGAAGUAGCUAAAGAACGGGUGGCGAUGGGUGGCUCACGCUGCCCGCCCCGCCUGCAGCAGGCCCCGAGCCCGGCCCCGUCCCGCCCCCGUGGCCGCGCUCCGGCUGUGGCGGCGCGGCCAUGUCGGGCGGGCGGACGUCGGUCUGGCUGUGGCGGCUCUGCAACCUCCUCAUGGCUGCGUUCUUCGGGCUGGCGGCCGCCGUGCAGGUGAAUGACCCCGACGCCGGGCUCUGGACGGUUGUCUACUUAGUGCCUGCUGCUCUGACACUGCUUGUCAGCAUGAAGCCCUCAAUAACAGGUAAUGGUGUUUGGAGGUUCCUCUGUGCCCUUCAUUCUGCUGGCUGCAUUGCUGGGAUUACUGCCUUGGCCUGCUCUUUGUUUGCUUAUGCUGAAGGAAACAUUGUGCAUGAAGAGGAAGGCAGAGAAUUGCUUGGUCUGGUGAUCAUUACAGUAUGGAUGAGCCUCUGUCACAGUUCAGCAAAGUAAGUGUUGUUCCCUUCUGUGUUUGCAAACACACAGCUGAGCUUGGCCACCUGCUUCUCUGCCCCACCUUCUCUUCUAGCUGAGCAGCAGUCUGCAGCACCUUGCA